UCUGCUAUUUAGUUGGAGAUUUUUUUUCCUUUGGAUGGAUAUUUGUAUUGAUGCUUAUCCUGCUGUUUAGCUCCUUCUAAAUUUGUUGUAACUGGGCAGUUAUCUCUGCUGACACCUAUAUUACACUUAUGGAAAAGGCAGAAUUCAGCAGAAAGAUGAAUAGGAUUAAUUUUAUUUUUACAAGUGGUAAUGAGAGAUAUAGAGACGGAGACAGUGAAAUCUAUGUACUUCUUUCAUUAUACAAGACUUGUCAGAUGAUCUCAUCUGUACUCCUACACCACUAUCACUCACUUGGUAGUUAAUUGUUGUUGAGUUGUUUCUGUACUAUCUGACUCUUCAUGACCUGGAGUUUUCUUGGCAAAGAUACUAGAGUGGUUUGCCAUUUCCUUCUUCAACUCAUUUUACAUAUGAUUAACGAAAGCAAACAGGGUUAAAUAACUUGCUCAGGGUCAUACAGCUACUAAGUGUCAUGUAUAAUCAUAUAUAAUUAUUUAACUUUGGGGGGGAGUAUAAAUUUUACCUUCCCAAUUUGAUUAGAAACUCCUGAAGGACAGGGACACAGUUUUUUACUUCUUAAUAUCUCCUACAACUAUAAUGAUCAUAUUUUCUGUUUAGUAAGUUAGUACCAUGAUCUGACAAGGGAUAUCCUUUUGAUACUCUGUUAAUCCUUUUCUUUUCUUGAAAUCAGUAUUAACCUGGAAAAUCACUUUAAGUACAUCACUUGUUAGGGAGCUGAGAUCAUAUUCAAUAAGUAUCUCAUAGAACUAAGUAAUAAAUCAGUUAAAUCUUUUUAAACAUCAGCAAAAGUUGUAUAAUUAGAAUGAGAUUAGUAGGGGAAAUAAAUCCAGACAAUCCAGAAGAAAGCAUGGUACUCCUCUUGAAUAUACACUGUUGAGAGAGGCCUCCAUGCCCCAGGAACUAAUUUUGUAGGAAAUUUUCUGUUUAUUUCUAUCUUGAGAUAAGAAUGGGAAAGAACUCUUUACACUUGGCUCUAUUCAUUGUGUAUUUUUAUUCUUAGAGCUUGCCCUGAGUUGAACAGUAUCUGGACAUCUUGUCCAUGUUAAUAUUGCUUUAAUCAUACCAUUCCCCUCUUAGACCCGAGUCCCCAGUAGCUUCACUAUAUUAAAGUCCACACUCUUCUGUCUGAAUCUUAAAGUCUUUUAAUAAUAUGGUAUCCCAAUAUAGAUCCCAAGAGAGAACCUUGGACAUUUUUUGGUCCACAUAUGUGAUUUCAUUGAAGAAGGGAAUUCCUAGUGAGGGAACUUCUUUUACCAGCAAAGACCAGCUGCUGCUCUACAAUUAAAACCUUCUUAGAAUAUCACCUGGGGACCCUAAGAAAUAUUAAGUGAUUUGUCCCUGGCUCACCAGACCAGUAAGUAUUAGGAAUGGGAUUUGAAUCCAGACUCCUAACUCCAUGUCAGGCCUCUAUCCACUACACUGAGGUACCAACUGGCACAAGGAGAUUUCUCUAAAUGAGGAAACUCUUGCCACCCAUUGCAAGUUGGCAUCUUCUUUGCCUAGGCCCAUGGGAAAUAAAAUGAUAUGCCCAGGGGACAGAGAGCCAACAUGUGUAAGAGGUGGGACUUGAAUUCCGGUCUUUCGUGUCCCAAGGGUCUAAAUAAAUGUUUGUUGCAUGAACGAAACUUUGUCUCUAAGAGGCCCAUCUCGUAGAAUCUUAGGGGAAUUGUAGAAUUUCAGAGUGGAAGGUCCAACUCCAUCAUUUUACAGGUGAGUAUAAACAGGCUCAGAAAAUGGAUGUUACUUGCCCCAAAUCAAAGAACAAGGAAAAGACAGAUAGGGAUACUUGUCGAUAGAAUGGGUUGCUUCCAACAUCCCAAAGCCUUAAGUCUCUCAGGUUUUCCAUCCCCUCCCUAGGACCCCCUUACCCCUCUCCCCACUCCAAAUACUAAUGGAAAGAACUUCUGGCUUACCCUAGCUGGGCUCUUAUUCCUUGCGACCUCCCGCCAGAAGGUGGAGUCUAUACUCGUGGAUUGGGGAAAGAGGUGGGCGGAGACGCGGUGGGCGGGGAGAAGAGUGGAAUCCUCUCUAUGGUCUCCCUAGCUGAGUCCCUCCCUCCUCACCUCCCUCUCCCUCACCUCCUCCUCCUCCUCCCCCACCGCGGCGAUGCUCUAUGGUUCUUCCUGUCCCUAGUCAGAAGGGGGCGCUGCGCGCAGGCGCAAGAGGACGACGCGGCUGGGCCGGAAGGAACGCGGUUGUGGCUUUUGCUGAAUGAAGUGGUGGCGGCGGCGACGGCGGCUGAGACUGGGGUCGGUCCGGAGCUUCCGCGCCCUGUGGGUUUUAUGGAAAAAACAGCUUUUUGUAAACGUGAAAGCACUACGGAAAGGUGAGCUAUUACUACUACUACUACUACUACUACUACUACUACUACUACUACUACUACUACUACUUCUACUACUACUACUACUACUACUACUACUACUACUACCACCACUACUACCACUAUUACUACUACCACUACCACUAUUACUACUACCACUACUACUUCUAGUUCUGCUCCCUGAAACCAAGCAGAUCUUUAAAUAUUUGGACAGCUCUUUUGUCCCCUAGGAAGUAUUCUCUUACACAGACCAGACAUCUUUAAUUCCUUUGGUGGCACUGGAUUUUGACUCCUUUACCUCACAAAUGAGACAAGCCUAUGGGUGUGUAAGAGAUGGAGAGAAGAGGAGAUAUGUGUAAUGGUGCAAGAAUAUUCCAUUAAGAUAAUAGAUUUAGACCUGGAAAGGAACCUGAAAGGUCACCUGGCCCACCUCUCUCAUUUUACAGAUCAUUCUGAGUGCUGGAUUACUAUAUUUAGGUACUAGCUGGUACAUAUAUGUACAAAUCUGUGUUUUAAAAUGGCAGAGGGAGGAGGCAAUGAAGAGGUGAUUCACUUGAACAGCUUUCAUGGUCACAGGGGGAAAGACAGAAUAAAUCACAGAGAUGAAGGACUCAUCACCAUAUCAGACUCCUCAGAUGAAGAACUUGCACUUUUGCCAAUCUCAUCAUCUAGACAGCAUGGAGAAGAUGAUGAUGACUAUGACUAUGAUGAUGACGACGACAAUGAUGAUGAUGAUGAUGAUGAUGUCGUCAUUCUGGCAGAAACAAAAAAACAACAACUGUUGCGGCCUAUUGUCAAACCUGCUGCCCAGUGGCAAGAUCUGAAAAUUAAUAGAUUAGGAGAAGUGUCUAAAAAGAAUAUGAAUUUAUUUCUUCAAGAUAAGGAGAGUCUUUUUUCAGCUGCAAAUAAUGAACUGAAGCCCAGUGAAAACAACAAUAGAAAUCUGGAUCUUCAGUUACCUGGCCCCUCUGAACACAGUAAGCAUAGAGCCAAAAAAGACCGAAAUCCCAAGCCUGGACCAAGUAAUAUCCAAGCUAUAAAAGUCAUUUUGAAACCUAAUGUGAAAAAGGAAAUAAUCAAUUUAGAAGAAGCAAACUUUCAAAACAAACAUCCAAAAGUGCAAAGCCAGUCAACUGAAGACUCUGAACGAGAGCUUAUACCAAACCUCAGAGAAUCAGCUGCUGUGGUAGAUAACCAAGUUAUAAGAGAAAAUAGUUGGUUAGAUCAUCCUUAUUUCCAACCCAUAGACCACGAGCCUAAUGAAUUAGCAAAUCAAGUUGUCCCACAACAGGGGCAGCCUGAAGCAGAUCUCUCAUUUCGAGAUGAGAUUCCAGGACCAGCUUUUCCAAGGCCAGAACCACAGCAAGAUGGAAUCCCAGGUCCUUCCUCUCCUCAGCCUGCCCAUCCUCCUGGAGAACUGAAAGACCAUCAACUAGCAAUAGAUGAUGAACAGCCUGGUCCAGCUUUCCCUUUCCCAGGAUCUCAUCAGCCUGAUUUGGGAAAUAUUCCUGAACAAGGAGGCACUGGUGCAGAUAGAGAAUUUAUUACACUACUAGUGAAAGAAACAGAAGCAAGAUUUCCAGAUGUAGCCAAUGGGUAUAUUGAAGAAAUAAUACAUCUGAAGAAUUUCUAUGAUUUAAAUGUACUUUGUAAUUUUCUUCUGGAAAAUCCAGAUUAUCCAAAGAAGGAAGGUAGAGUGGUUCUAAAUCCUAAUAGCAGCCUGCUUGCCAGCCAAGAUGAGAAAAAGGUGUCCAAGGUGGACUAUUUUGACUUUUCUAAACUUACUCCGCUUGACCAGCGUUGCUUUAUUCAAGCUACUGAUCUACUCAUGGAAGAUUUCAAAAUGCUCAGCACUCAGGACAUCAAGUGGGCACUGCAUGAGCUCAAGGGACACUAUGCAAUCACCCGAAAGGCCUUUUCUGAUGCCAUUAAAAAAUGGCAGGAGCUAUCACCAGAAGCCAGUGGAAAGAGAAAAAAGAGGAAAGAAAUGAAUCAGUAUUCUUACAUAGAUUUCAAAUUUGAACAAGGUGAUGUAAAAAUAGAAAAGCGGAUGUUCUUUCUGGAAAAUAAACGUAGACACUGGAGGUCCUAUGAGAGGCAUUCACUUCUUCCACCUGUAAGAAAAGAGCAAGAAUUCUAUGAAAGGAAAGUCAAGGAGAUGGCUGAGCAUGCUGACUUUUUGCUUGCCCUACAAAUGAAUGAAGAACAGUAUCAAAAGGAUGGUCAGAUGAUAGAGUGCCGUUGCUGCUAUGGAGAAUUUGCAUUUGAGGAGCUGACUCAGUGUGUCGAUGGUCACUUAUUCUGCAAGGAGUGCCUAAUCAAAUAUGCCCAAGAGGCAGUCUUUGGCUCAGGAAAGUCAGAGCUCAGCUGUAUGGAAGCCAGCUGCACAUGUUCGUUCCCAACCAGUGAACUGGAGAAGGUGUUGCCAGAAACCAUCCUACGGAAGUACUAUGAGCGAAAAGCUGAAGAAGAGGUAGCUGCAGCUUGUGCGGAUGAACUGGUCAGGUGUCCCUUCUGUAACUUCCCAGCUCUUUUGGACAAUGAAGUGAAGUGGUUCAGUUGUCCCAAUCCUCGUUGCAGAAAGGAAACCUGCAGGAAAUGUCAGGGACUGUGGAAAGAACAUAACGGCAUUACCUGUGAACAGUUGGCUGAAAAAGAUGACAUCAAAUAUAGAACAUCUAUCGAAGAGAAAAUGACUGCAGCCCGCAUUAGAAAAUGCCAUAAGUGCGGGACCAGUCUCAUAAAAUCUGAAGGUUGUAACCGUAUGUCUUGCCGCUGUGGUUCCCAAAUGUGCUACCUCUGUCGAGCCUCCAUCAAUGGGUACGACCACUUCUGUCAGCAUCCCCGAUCACCAGGAGCCCCUUGCCAAGAAUGUACAAAAUGUUCUCUUUGGACUGACCCCACAGAAGAUGAUGAGAAGCUCAUCCAAGAAAUUCAGAAGGAGGCUGAAGAGGAGCAAAAGAAGAAAAAUGGAGAGAACAAUUUCAAACGGAUUGGGCCCCCCAUGGAGGCAGCUCCUGAAAAACUACAGAGGAUUGAAGUCAUCCCAAGACCUGUUCCUCAAAACCUUCACCAAGCCAGGAUCCCUCCUUAUCCCUUUGUGCACCCACCCUUCCCUCUACCUCCGGUCCGUCCUAUGUUCAAUAAUAUUCCCCUGAACUUGGGCCCCAUCCCUGCUCCUUAUGUCCCUCCUCUGCCAAAUAUGCGAGUGAACUAUGAAUUUCCCCCAAUCAAUGUCCCACUGGAGCACAACUUACCUAUGCACUUUGGUCCUCAGCCACGUCAUCGGUUUUGACAGGCGGGCUAGAUACCUGAAAUGGAAACACUGCCGAGGAGGGCCAUCCUGUGUAACAACUCUCCCUUCUCCCAACUCCUAUCAUUAUUCCAGAGAACUGAAAGGAGCAGCCUGAAAAUCUCCCCUAGUUAAAUUUCAUGGAGAGGGGGGAGAGGGGGGAAGGGUUAAAGAUACACAGUCUAGUUCAGAUGUUUACCCCUUUUCUCCCCCUGAAACCAGUAUCUGCUGCUGAGCCCGUAGAGGUGGAAGUUUACAGAUUGGGCUGCCAAACAUGACUAAUUUGGGGCCAAUUUUCCUUUUCUUUGAUAGUGAUAGUAGAGAGACCUACCCAGGCCCCAACCUCUCCCUAGUGUCCACCUUCCUCCUCACUGUGUCUCUGUCUCUCUCUCAUUCUCUCAUUCUGUCCCUCUGUGUAUGUGUGUGUGUGUGUGUGUGUGUUUGUGUGUCCUGCCUUUUCCUGUAUUUAAAAGUAUAAAUAGUCAAUGUUCUUUUAAAUACAGCUGAAAAGAAUAGAAGAGCCUAGGAUCCCUUGAGUACCCAGAUUUGUCUGUGUGUGAUUUGGGGAGAUUCCAGGAAGGAGGAGAGGGAAGUACAGCCACCCUGCCAGAAAAUGACCAGCACAGUUCUUGACUUGUCAGUAAGCAUGACAACCCUGUGCUAUCCAUUAAUUGGUUCUGAAAUUGUCCUAAAGGAGAUAGAAUGAUGUGAAAGAAAAGCUGCUUUUCCUGCCCCUGAUCAGAGUAGAAAACAGGGAAGUCACCACUGGUGAUCCAGAAAGGGAGGACUUCUCUAGUUUUCCAAUUAAAUUGGAACUUCUAUACCCUUAUUAGUUAAAGAUGAAAGUACAUUCAAGACAAUUUAUACAUCUAGGAGAGAGAUGAUUGGUGGUGGUUCAUUAGGACAGCCAAUGUCUUCCCUAGACUCCUACUAGGGGUUCAAAGGACCCUUUGCAGUAAGAUAUUAGCCUCCAAUUUCAAUCCAGUGGCAAACAGGUAUACUUAAGGAAGGUAAAUGAUCCUCAUGCCUCUUGGAUCAGCUCCUCCAGGCUGAGCAGAAUAGGUCUCCACUGCUUACUUUAGACUAAAAGAAAAAUUAUUUUGCUAGCAGUCAAGACUGAAUCCUCUACGAAGAGGCAUCAUUACUCGUCAUGAGCUCUGUUAGCCACAGAGUUAAAGCUUGAGGCCUAUUGUAGUUUAUUAGCAUGUCCGCUUCUCCCUUUGGGAAUGAGCAGAGUGGUCUCAAACCACAUUUGCUUUGUGACAUAAUCAGAUGGGAGGGAACUCCCUGGAUAGUCAAAUGGAUACUCCCUGAUCUGAGUAGGGGAAAGAUGUUAAUGACCAGUACUCUAUAAAUAUAAGAGGCCCCACAGAUGAAAAGGUUGAGAUUGUUUUACCCAGAUCUCACUGUUGGAUUUCAUCUUACCUCUUGAGUGUGACAACUUGCACUCUAAAUGAGUGUCAUUCAUUCUGAAAGGUUUUCUCACUCUCUUCCCUUCAGCCCCAGCCCCUUUCUAUUGCUUACCCCUCCCCCCCAGCUCCAAAAAAAAAUCAUCACUAAAUAAUAUUACUGUUUGGGAUUUUGAAAAUAAACUGCUGACCUGAUUUGUUUGCCCCAUUCUUAUCCGAUUAUCCAUGCCCCCACUCUGGUUCUCUCUAGCUAGAAAAUCCAGUUUUCUAAAAUCAACUCUUCCAAUCCAAGCUAUUAGUAAGAGCUGGUUUUAAAUUCCUUCAGUUGUACUGAAAGAUUUCUCCCAGUAUUUCCCUAGAACAAUCAAUGUCCUGAUUUUAGCACUGCUGUCUGUGGGCCUCCCCUUGACUCUUUCACUAGCUUAGUGCCGAGAGUCUUUGGUGACAUCAGAACCACAGAGCUAACUAGUUCUCAACUUUUGCUGCUAAGUUUUGUUUAUAUAAUGAGAGAGGAGAAAAAGUCUAUAUAAGGAUGUAAAUUUCUGAAUGCUGCUUAGCUGGUCCUUAUUCAGGUUAAAACUGCACCUUACCCUAAACGAUAAUCCCCUGGACAGCCAGGGGCAGGCAGGCCAGCAUGCUGUUACACUGUAUUUAAGGAGGGGCAGGAGAGAAGACUGAGCAUCCCACUUCUUUUUGUGCAUCCAAUUUCCCCUUGAUGUUAAUGUGAUACGCACUCAUAUCUGGUCUUAGUUAUUAAUAUGUCUAAAGUCUUUUCCUCUGGAAAAGUCUUGACUUCUGGUUCUAGAAUAUAGCUUGUGGUUCAAGCUUUAGGACCUAUGGCACUUCCUGCUGCCGCUUUCUCCAAACCUAGUUUGGAAGACUGGCCCAUAGCAAUGAUGUCUCAGUCUCAGAAUGAGCCAUCUUAUUACAUGCAAGGGGCCGAUCAGGAACUUUCCACCUAGUCACACUUCCAUUGCCUGCUGAAUAGUUUUCUUUUAUUCCCUCAAUCUCUUCCCACCACAACCUGGGAGUUAAAUUUGGAGAAUUAUUAAAUCAUUUUCUUUGUUCUCCAUUUGCCAUCAGCCUUAUGUAUAUAUAAUAAGCUAGAACAUAUUGUUGCCAAUCUGUUUUGAGUUUCUUCUGUAAAUCCAGCUGAUCAGUUACUUGGGGUCCAGCUGGAGGCUUUACUCUUAAAUGACCCCAAAAAGGCUAAAUGAAAGUCUGCAUCAUUGUACUCUUUUCUGUUUCAAGCAUCAUUGUUGUGACAGUAAAGGCCUCCCUAUUAUUAAGGAGGAUACUCUUAUAGCUGUGCCUAUUGGCAUUGGUACGUCAAACACCUAACAUAGAUAUGAAACCAGUGGGACUUUGGGCAAGAAAACAUUUCUCCAUUAACCAGAAUAGAGCUAUCUGGUAUACUGGUGAGCAAGAUGUCACCCACCAGCCAAUUGGACACAUUUUAAAGAUUAGAAAGAAAAAAAUUGAUCUCUGAAGAAAUGCCUUUUCAUUCUUCUGCCUUCCCAUGUGAUCUAUUAGGACCUGGUUUUUGGAGAAUUGAGGCAAUAGUUUAGGUUUGGUUCAAGAGAUGUGACAAAUGAGAACAAGGAAGAAUUUUGAGCAGAAGUUUGAUGGUCCAUAUAUUUGUAUUUGUGUCUUUAAGAAGAGCUCUUCUCUAGAUUCUCUUCCUUCCCCUUGGGUCUAGUCCUUCCUUACAAAUUACCAUCAAAUGAUGGCUUUUAAGAGACAUACCUAUUUGUCUGCCUGAGGUUCAGGACUAGCCCCUAAUAACCAGUGCCUUUUCCAUCGGUAUUUUUGUGUCAUGCGUCAUGUGUCACGCAUGUGCCUUCCAGGGCAAUAGAUUGAUUUGUCAUGAAGUACAAUAGCUCCUUCUUAUGAAGUAUUCUUAAAACAAGUUUUCCCCAAUGAUUUCCCUUGGGCCAGUAGUUGUAGGGACAAUGAAAAAAGGCUAGAAUCCUAGAAUUUCAGAUUUGGAGGGCCCCAGAGGCAGGAUUUCCCCUAUGGCAAGCUGCCCCAUCCAGGUUGAAGUGGCAAGUUUUCCAUCAGCAGUCUUCACUCUUGCCCCAGAUCAUAUGUGACUUCUAGUGAAAUGUGUUUGGGGGGUGGGUUUGUGGGGGUCUCUCCCAUAUGGAGGUACAUGCAUGCUCCUGCAUGCAUACACAGUCAGGCUUGACUGCACUAGAUUCAGAAGGCAAUGGAUGGCAAGUGGCAUUAUGGAGAACCACUCAAGAUGAUAGGGAGUCAACUGAGCCAUCACCUUCAUUAAAGCCAUUUACCUUCUAGUUUCUGUUCUUUUGCAUUGCUUUACAGUGUGUAUAUGUUAACAUUUAAUUUGGGGGACGAGACAGAAAAACUUCUGGUUCCAUAACAGCUGGGGAAAUAUGGAUGAUUUUCAGGGUGGUAUAGAUGAGACAGGCCUCAGCAAAAGCCUGGAUAAACUCCUCCCCAUCCCUAGAAACCACUGCUUUGGCUGCUGGGCUUUGUGUGUAGUUGUUCUCUCUUAGCUGGGGAAAAUGCUUGACAUCCGCCAUUGAUUUUACUCAAAAUGUUGAAGCAACAUGAUGAUGUGGAAAGGACACAGGAUUUGAAGUCAGGACACUUGGCUUCAAAUCCUGGCCCUGUUUGUGACCUUGUGCAAGGCACUUGACCUUGCUGGGUCUCAGAUUCCUUAUCUAUAAAAUGAUGGGGGUAGGACUAGGGCGAACCCCCCUCCUAACUCUAAAUAUUCUUGGUGAUGAAGUCUUGCAUUCUGCAAUGGAAAAUCCCAACGGCCAACUUGAUUUUGUUCAUCAAGCUCCAAGCAAACCAGAAACCCUUUUCCUAAUUGUUAGUGACCUAGUUUUGAAAGACUUGAAGAGUGAAUGUUACCAAGUCACAGAUGAGGUGGGGAGCGUCAAUCAAACAAAAAGAAAUCGGGUGAGUGCUUGUUUUUGAUGGUGUGGUCACUCCCACCCAGCUUUAAUCUUGCCUUGUUCUGUUUGCAAGUGGGAGCAAUUUUCCCUGGGCUACAUACAAGUCAACUUCUUCCAGGGCUCUGGCUUCGGGGGAGGGGAGGUGUUUUGCCACCGAGAAUCAUCUCCCAGCCCCACCCCCCCACCCCCACUACAUUCAGGGGUUGUUGGAGAGGCCCUAGAGAUCUGGUCCCAUCCCACUGGCAGGCAACCAUGGGCACAGCUAAAAAUGACAGGAAGUCCAAAGCGAUUAGCCCAGCUCCUGGAAAAUAAAGCAAACAAAAGCCCUCCUGAUCCUGUAGGCUCUGCAUCAUCUGGCUCUUUUUUACCAGAGUCAGUGCUGUCUAGCUCCCAGACAGAGGCAGCUGCCUACAGGAAAGGUCUCCACGGUGAACAAGGCUCCACCCUUCCCCAGUUAGAGUCCCAUUUUACUUGCCUUAAUGGUGGAGAGAGGAAUUUAGUAUUUGCACUUAGCAAAACAUUUUAAAACUGUAAAGAAUUGUGCAUGAACUACAACUUUGUAUAACAAUAGACAAAAAUGAAUAGGUGGUUUAUUAAAAAUAAAUAUUUUUCUUUACCUUCUGGUAGUAUAAAAUAAUAAAACAAAAGCUGUUAUGUUUUCUUGUGUGUAAAAAGUCUGUAUUAUAUGUAAUUUGGAUUUUUUUGUAAAUAAACUUUUGUGCACUCUGUC